AUAUAUAUAUAUAAAUAAACCUGAGAACACGAACAGAAACACAAAAAACUCACAAUAACUAGAAUUCCUAUAAAUUUGGACUCACAUUAAAGUUAGAGUCUUUCUCUGUUUUUGAGGGCUUUGAAUCUCACUCUCCAACGACCCAGUACCAGGUUGGACUUGGUUGAUCACUUGUAAAAAAAGUCUGUUUCUUUGGGAAUUUAGCAGUAUUGGUGGUGCUCAAGUUUGAAAAUUUGGUUAUAUAAUCGAGUUUGGGAUCGUGUUUAGUUGUGAUCUUAUCUGGCUUUGGCUCAGGAUGAAUUUAUGAACAAUCACAAAGCAAAGAUUCGUAUAUGUUGUUGGGGAAGAAGUGGAGAUCACGGUGUCAGUGCUUGUAGGAAUUAUCCGGAUUCAUGGUGAUAUAUAUAUAGAAGCUUGUGUGUGAUGAUAGAUGAUGGUUUUCAGUCUUCUUGGAGAUUUAAACUGAAGGUUAUCUAGUGGGGUUAUUUUGGAAUUGAUAAGACGGGGUUGCACGAUUUUGGACAUGAGAAGCUCCUGGUUGAGUAAACUCUCUCUCAUUUUUGGCCCUAGACCACCCCUCAACUGGUUACUCUUGUGCCUCGUGAGUGUACUUGCACUAAUUGCAGUGUUGGGAUCAUCAUCUUCAAGUACAUUUGAUUCUUUAACCCCUAGUUCAGUACCAGACAUCUACACAAACUAUAGGAGGCUAAAAGAGCAAGCGGCAGUUGAUUAUUUGGAGCUGAGGUCUCUCUCACUGGGGGGUAGUAGAGAAAAAGAGCUUGGCCUUUGUGGCAGAGAUAAAGAACACUCUGUGCCUUGUUACAAUGUUUCAGCAAAUCUUUUAGCCGGGUAUAAAGAUGGGGAGGAGUUUGAUCGGCAUUGUGAAGUAUCAAGAGACAGAGAACAGUGUCUAGUUCGCCCCCCUAAGGACUAUAAGAUCCCUCUGAGGUGGCCAGCUGGUAGGGACGUGAUAUGGAGUGGAAACGUGAAGAUAACCAAAGACCAAUUUCUGUCAUCUGGAAGCAUGACCAAAAGGUUGAUGUUACUAGAAGAAAAUCAAAUUUCCUUCCACUCUGAGGAUGGUUUGAUUUUUGAUGGUGUCAAGGAUUAUUCUCGUCAAAUUGCUGAGAUGCUGGGUUUGAGCAGUGACUCUGAAUUUCCUCAAGCUGGUGUUCACACAGUACUAGAUAUUGGUUGUGGUUUUGGUAGCUUUGGCGCUCAUUUAGUAUCCCUAAAGUUAAUGGCUAUUUGUAUUGCGGCAUAUGAGGCAACUGGCAGUCAAGUUCAGUUGGCCCUUGAGAGAGGUCUUCCAGCAAUGAUCGGCAACUUCAUCACAAGACAACUUCCAUAUCCAUCUCUGUCAUUUGAAAUGGUUCAUUGUGCUCAAUGUGGUAUUCUUUGGGACAAAAAAGAUGGGAUGUUUCUUUUAGAAGUUGACCGGGUACUCAAGCCUGGAGGUUACUUUGUUUUAACCUCACCCACAAGCCAGCCAUAUGGAAGUUCAUCGACUAUGAAGGAGGGCAUAGCUACAGACUCUUCACUAAUGGAAGAAUUAACCCAGAAAAUCUGUUGGACUCUUUUGGCUCAAAAAUAUGAAACUUUUAUCUGGCAGAAAACUGUGGAUUCUAAUUGCUAUACAUCUCGCAAGCAGGGUGCUAUUCCACUUUGUCAAGAAGAGCAUGAGGUUCAGUCAUAUUAUAAGCCCCUAGUAUCGUGUAUAAGUGGGACCAUGAGCAAACGCUGGACUCCAAUCCGAAAUAGGUCUAGUUCCCAGUGGAACUCAUCUAAGCUUGAAGUUCAUGAAGUUCAGCCUGAUGAUUUCUUUGAAGACUUACAGGUUUGGAGAUCAGCUCUAAAGAACUAUUGGUCUUUGCUUACCCCUUUGAUUUUCUCUGACCACCCCAAGAGACCAGGCGAUGAAGACCCUUUACCUCCCUUCAACAUGAUACGCAAUGUGCUCGACAUGAGUGCUCAUUAUGGGGGUUUAAAUGCUGCUUUUCUGGAGGAAAAGAAAUCAGUCUGGGUGAUGAAUGUUGUGCCUGUUAAUGCUCCCUAUACACUUCCUCUCAUACUAGAUCAAGGUUUUGCUGGUGUUUUGCAUGACUGGUGCGAACCAUUCCCAACAUAUCCUCGAACAUAUGAUCUGCUGCAUGCAAAUGGGCUGCUCUCACACCUGUCUUCAGAGAGGUGCAGCAUGAUGGACUUAUUCUUGGAGAUGGACCGGAUUCUGCGCCCUGAGGGCUGGGUUGUUCUCUGUGAUAAAGUGGGAGCUAUAGAGAUGGCACGCAUGUUUGCUACCCAAGUACGUUGGGAAGCAAGGGUGAUUGACCCUCAGAAUGGCAGUGACCAGAGACUACUUGUAUGCCAAAAACCAUUUGUGAAAAAAUGAUUGUUUUACUUCAGGAGGUCUCAUCAUUGCGGAAAUGUACAUUUUUCUUUUAGCUCUGAUUAUGAUCAAUUUGGCAACAGACAUAUACAUGCUCAGAAUCCGAAGGACCUUGAAGAUGCUCAUCGGUCAUGACUGGAGUCACUGGACUAGGAGCAUGUGGAAGCUGUAGAUUAGAAGGUUUGGCACAGAAGUAGCUGCAACUCAAUUUUGUUAAGGGCUUUGUAGCAAUUCAUUCAUCCAUAUUUUUUCUUUGUUACAUUUUCUCUCAUCUUUUUUUUUUUUUUUUAUAUUCAUUUUGAUAAUGAACUUCACGUUUUUGUAAGAACCUUAUACUCUUUAGUAAAGAAUGUCGGUACGUCCACGAAGUGUAAGAGUACUGAUAUUCUCUCUAGAAUUCUUAUCUAUUGACUUCAUUCUUUACUUGAAUUUCCAGAAA